AUGGAGGUUGAUGCUGGUAGUAUCGCCACAUGUACACCUGAGAUGUAUGACAUUGCUUCGACAUUGGUAAAUGUUGAAGAAGUCACAGACAAUAAAGGCUUCAGUGACUUCAAAGUACCAACAGUGACUUCUGAUGCCACCCAGACAGUUGCUGAGCAGCUUACGUCUCGCUCAGAAUCUGAAACAACUUCAAAAAAUCUGAACAUAAGACUCCAAAUCCUGUUUCAGUCUCUUCUGUGGCUGUCAACAGCAAUGUUGGAAAGUAUCGUUUGUUACGUACUAUUGGUAAGGGGAAUUUCGCCAAAGUAA